AUGAAUCUCUACAGAACGAGGUGGCCCAGACCUAUAUGUGACUACCCUUUCCAAUCACCCAGUCAGAACCUGAACAAGUUGGACAUAAUCGGUGCCAUUAAACGACUAAAAAUGCAUAAAGCUGCUGGAGUCGAUGGGAUCUUUGCAGAACUCUGGAAGAUAGAUGUAGACCUAAGUGCCAGUUUACUACUUCCCCUCUUUAGGGAGAUAUGGAAUACGGGUAAUUUUCCUGACGAAUGGAUGACAUCAAUAAUACUAAACUUCCCUAAAAACAAGACCCCAAACAGCCUUAAGGAUUACAGAGGUAUUGCACUGAUUCCAGUUUCCCUAAAAAUGUUCACAUACAUCAUAUCUGUCAGGAUUAAACCAAUCAUCUACAGGUUCCUCUCUAACACUAUCACAUCAUACAGGAAGGGUAGAAAUACUACGGAGUUGACUAUGGCACUUAAAGUUAUUCUGGAAAAGGCUAGAAUGCAUAAAUCCCCCAUCUUUGCCCUAAUGAUUGAUUUAAGUCAAGCCUUCGGUUCUAUUAUACAGCACAAGAUAUGGCCCUUGCUGGAAAACAGAGGAAUAGAUAAGCAUCUGAUAUCGCUGAUUAAGAUAAUUUAUGACAAUAAUAGCGUAGUACCUCAACAUCUAAAUGUAAAAUCACAACCUUUUAAAGCAAAUUAG